CACGCACGCGCACACACACGCGCACACACACACAGGAACUCAUAAGCACAAAACACAGAAUGCAUCGGCCGCGGCGCCGUCGUACCUCGCGUUACAGAAAGCGCUUUGGCUUCUGAAUUUCUUUCUGCUUUUUUUGUUUAAAGAGAAAAACUGUGAAUGCGAGAAUAAUCGGAGACGUCCGGAUUCGCGAAAUGUUGCAAUGGAAGGCGCCGCUUCUGACUCUGCGUGCCAAACAGGAGCAUGAAGCACUUUGUGGCUCUGCGAGCACCGACAGAGAAACGCCGUUUUCUUCGGAUAUUCAGCGACGCUUGCGGGCCGAUCGAUUAGUGCCGAGAGCGAGGACCGGACAACAUGGCCUCGGCUGGUAACGUCUCCUUCGAUCAGGAACACGGGGAUCCCGAUCGGCCGAGGGUGACGCGGAGGACCAGAUGGAGCGCUCGCGCAGCCCCGCCGGACCUGGAGUACUUACAGCGGCCGAGUUACUGCGAUGCUGCGUUCGCGCUUGACCAGAUAUCGGAGGGGAAGGCGACUGGAAGAAAAGCACCGCUGUGGCUGAGAGCAAAGUUUCAAAAACUUUUGUUCAGACUCGGCUGUUACAUACAAAAGAACUGUGGAAAGUUUUUAGUUGUGGGCCUUUUAAUAUUCGGAGCUUUCGCUGUUGGUUUGAGGGCAGCUAAUCUGGAGACUAACGUGGAGAACCUCUGGGUGGAAGUGGGUGGCAGGGUAAAUCAGGAGCUGAAAUACACACGGCAGAAGAUCGGCGAGGAGGCCAUGUUUAACCCUCAGCUAAUGAUCCAGACUCCACGGCAGCACAGUGCUAACAUCCUGACAGUGGAGGCACUUAAGCAGCACCUGGACUCUGCCGUUAAAGCUAGCAGAGUGCAUGUUUACAUGUACAACAGGAAAUGGAAAUUAGAACAUUUAUGCUACAAAUCAGGAGAACUCCUCACAGAAAACAAUUUUGUCUACCAGAUCAUUGAGAACCUGCAUCCUUGUUUGGUCAUCACUCCUCUGGACUGCUUCUGGGAAGGUGCUAAGCUACACUCAGGCAUUGCCUAUCUCCCUGGUAGACCCCCUCUGCAGUGGAUGAACUUUGACCCAAUGGCAUUGAUUGCCGAUAUGCAGACCAUGACCAAAGUUGUGGGCAGUUGGGAAGAAAUACUGGCCAAGGCUGAGGUUGGUCGUGGCUACAUGGACCGUCCCUGCAUCAACCCUGCUGACCCAGACUGCCCAUUAUCAGCUCCCAAUAAGAACUCUACACAGCCACUGGAUAUUGGCCAAGUUUUAACCGGUGGCUGUCAUGGGGUCUCUAAGAAGUAUAUGCACUGGCAGGAGGAACUCAUCAUUGGAGGAACCACAAAAAACAAUAGCGGCAGGCUUCUCAGUGCCCAGGCUCUUCAGACCAUGUUCCAGCUUAUGACCCCUAAACAGAUGUAUGAGCACUUUAAGGGCUAUGAUGAAGUCUCGCACUUGAACUGGAACGAGGAGAAAGCGGCUGCCAUCCUGGAAGCUUGGCAGAGGAAGUACUCUGAGGUGGUCCAGCAGAGUGUGUCAAUCAACUCGUCUCAGAAAGUACUGACAUUUACCACCACUACUCUAGAGGACAUCCUUAAAUCCUUCUCUAGUGUCAGCGGAAUCCGAAUAGCCAGUGGUUACCUGCUAAUGCUUGCCUAUGCGUGUCUGACCAUGUUGCGCUGGGACUGUGCCAAAUCCCAGGGAGCAGUGGGGCUGGCUGGAGUGCUGCUGGUCACACUGUCCGUCGCCGCCGGCCUUGGCCUCUGCUCUCUCAUUGGCAUCUCUUUCAACGCUGCUACCACUCAGGUGCUGCCAUUCCUUGCUCUUGGCGUGGGAGUGGAUGAUGUCUUUCUUCUUGCUCAUGCCUUCAGUGAAACUGGCCAAAACCGGAGAAUCCCAUUUGAGGACCGUACAGGCGAGUGCUUGAAGAGAACCGGGGCCAGCGUGGCUUUGACCUCCAUCAGUAACAUCACCGCUUUCUUCAUGGCCGCCCUCAUCCCUAUCCCAGCACUACGGGCAUUCUCUCUACAGGCUGCUGUCGUGGUGGUGUUUAAUUUCGCCAUGGUGCUGCUCAUCUUCCCCGCUAUACUCAGCAUGGAUCUGUAUCGCAGAGAAGAUCGCCGCUUUGACAUCUUUUGCUGCUUCAUCAGCCCGUGCUCUAACCGUGUAAUCCAGCUGGAGCCUCAGGCACUGGGCGAUGUAGGCCACUGCACUCCGCCUCCCUCCUACAGCAGCCACGGCUUCUCUCAGCACACGCACAUCACCAUGCAGUCGACGGUGCAACUGCGCACCGAGUACGACCCACGCACGCAAGCCUACUACACCACAGCCGAGCCACACUCUCGCAUCUCUGUGCAGCCGCUCCACCCCAAUCACAACAACAACAAUAUUAACAACACCAGCUCCACGCGAGAUCUCCUCAACCAGUCUAGCGAGGUGCCAUCAGGUCACACAGAGCCCUCCUGUUCCCGCUGGACCUUCGCUUCGUUUGCAGAGAAGCACUACGCACCAUUCCUGCUGCAGCCUACCACAAAGGUGGUGGUGAUUGUGCUCUUCCUGGCACUACUUGGUGUCAGUCUGUAUGGCACCACAAGAGUGCGAGAUGGCCUGGAGCUGACCGACAUCGUACCACGUGAGACGGCUGAGUACGACUUCCUGGGUGCACAGUUCCUCUACUUCUCCUUCUACAGCAUGUAUGUGGUGACACAGCGGGCAGAUUAUGCCCAGGCCCAACCGCUGCUUUAUGAGCUUCACCAGCGCUUCGGCACCGUCGAAUAUGUGCUCCGUGACGAGCAAGGCCAGCUACCACUCAUGUGGCUCCACUACUUCCGUGACUGGUUGCAAGGUCUGCAAGAUGCCUUUGAUAAGGACUAUGAGGCAGGCAAAAUCACACAGAAGGACUACGAGAACGGCUCAGAUGACGGCGUACUGGCUUACAAGCUCCUGGUGCAGACAGGUUGCAGAGAGAAGCCGAUCAACCUGAACCUGCUCACCAGACAUCGGCUGGUGGACGCAGACGGGAUCAUCAACCCCAAAGCUUUCUACAUCUACCUGACCGCAUGGGUCAGUAAUGACCCAGUGGCCUAUGCAGCUUCUCAGGCUAACAUUCGUCCUCAUCCUCCAGAAUGGAUCCAUGACCGCACCGACUCCAUCUCCAUCAGCAGGCUCACUAUUCCUUCAGCGGAGCCUAUUGAAUACGCACAGUUUCCCUUCUACCUCAACGGGCUGCGUGAGACACCCCAGUUUGUGGAGGCCAUUGAGAGUGUACGUGCCAUCUGCAACAACUACAGUCUCCUGGGUGUGCCCAGCUACCCAAACGGCUACCCAUUCCUCUUCUGGGAGCAGUAUGUCAGCCUACGCCACUGGUUGCUGCUCUUCAUUAGCGUGGUGCUUGCCUGUACGUUUCUCGUGUGCGCGGUUUUCUUGCUCAAUCCAUGGACCUCUGGCAUUAUUGUGCUAGUGUUGUCGCUGAUGACCGUGGAGCUGUUCGGCAUGAUGGGGCUGAUUGGCAUCAAGCUUAGUGCCGUACCCGUGGUCAUUCUCAUUGCUUCCGUGGGCAUUGGUGUGGAAUUUACUGUCCACGUGGCUCUGGCCUUCCUCACUGCCAUAGGGGACAGAAAUAAGCGAGCGGUCUUGGCCCUGGAGCACAUGUUUGCCCCAGUUCUGGAUGGAGCCUUCUCUACCCUACUUGGAGUGCUCAUGCUGGCAGGAUCCGAGUUCGACUUUAUAGUCAAAUAUUUCUUUGCUGUAUUGGCCAUCCUUACUGUGUUGGGGGUCCUGAAUGGCCUGGUGCUGCUCCCGGUCUUAUUGUCCUACUUCGGCCCUUAUCCUGAGGUGUCUCCGGUGGACGGACGUAGCCGAUUGCCCACUCCAACUCCAGAGCGUUUUCCUCCAGUGGUGCACUUCACCAUGCAGCCAAACCACACUACUACUUCAACCACUGGAACUGGCUCAGACUCGUCCGACUCGGAGUAUAGCUCCAACUCCACAGCGUCGGGCAUCAGCCAUGAGCUCAAGCACUAUGACCUCCAGACCAGCAGGGGGCGAGCCACUCGAUCUGAAUUUGAUGAUGUGCGGCUUAACACUGGGCCAAAACCAAGCGUUUAUCGUACAGAGCCAAACGUUUUACCGUCUUACUCAGCUGGGAGAACAGACUCCAAACAGCAGCCACACUACCGAUCCACUCACCCUCCUCACACUCAGGAUACUGGACCUCCGCUUACUCGUCGACACAUUGGUCGUGAACCCAAGCGGGACGCAGGGCCCAGACAGGCUCCUCCUCCUCAUAGGCGGCGCACGGACGCAUUUGAAAGUGCCAGCCCUUAUGGGUCCAGAGAACAUUCGGCAACCCGCCAGCCUUACUCCCAUAACACUUACUCUCACUCCAUGCACCCUGGAUCAGGCUCCACCUUCUGCCAGCCCAUCACUACUGUGACUGCAUCAGCCUCAGUUACAGUGGCUGUGCACCCAGGCGUGCCUGGCCAGGGAGCCCCCUACCCCUGCUACCCUUCCAGUGACAGCUACCCCUCUUCAGAGGAAACCUAUGCUCGUGACACGCACUUCCCCGACCCACAUGUGCCCUUCACAGAGCAGCGCUACAGUGCAGACUCCACAAUGGAGGGCUUGGAGCUGCAGGAUUUAGAGUUGACUUCUCACACUGAGCGCCACAUGGAUGCCUCCAGCUGAGUGGCUGAAUGUUGAAGCACAAAUGGCCAAAGAUGGGACGUCUGCUUUCUGAAGUAGAGGAGAAAUGGUGCUGCAGAGCGAGGCUACUUGGCAGUGCUUCACUCUGUUACUGUAUAGCUCUAAUGUAUGUCUACCUUAGAUUAUUCUAUAAAUAUUUAAAAAAUGUGUAUACAAGUGUAAAUACAGGCGAGAAUAGUUAUAAUUGGACCUGGCUCGGUGUCGUCAGCCUGGGUGGUGCGUGCGUGUGUGCGUGCAAGUUGUGAUUACUGUCUCUCCCUUCAUGUGUGUAUCUGUGCCAUGAGGAAGCUUCAUCUUAGACACACUUCUCAGCAUCCAGAUGGUGCUGCUUGAGAUGUUGUUAUAAUGUACCUGUAUAAUUCUAUGCAAUGAUUUAUGAAUUGGUGUGUAAGAGUGAGCCAGUAUAUGUGUGUGCGUGUGUGUGCGCGUGCAUGUGUACAGACAGCAUGCUCACACACACACACACAAACAUGUUUAAUGAAUGAGAGUACAUAUUUGAAGUGUGUAUGUGCACCCUAAACAAACAUUAUGAUUCAUUUCAGGGCAAACUGCAUUCUUUCAGCCAGCUGAUCAAAAAAUAGUAAUAUUCUCAUUUGGAUUUUUCAUGUUUCUGAAACACCUGUCCGAAAAUACCCAUGCAUUUCUACAGGGAUUUUGUAAACUUUAUUUUUUUAUUUUUAUUUUUUUAUUUUUAUUUUUUGUAAAUUUAUUAUUAUUAUUAUUUUUUUUUUUUUUUACAAAGUGUAUAUUGGUUAAUAUAUUAACUGUAAUUACUGUGUAGUCUUUUUAUGGACAUAUUAUCAGACCUCAUAACAUGAAGUCAGGUCCUUUAAUGCAUCACUGUGUGGGAACUGCAAACAGACAAGCACCAUAUAUGUUUGUGUGGGCGUGCACGUGCAUGAUGGGUUUUGUGUGUGUUGAAGUAGAAUGUAUGCUUUAUACAAAUCUUAAUUUGCUUAUCACAAACCUGUGGUAGAAGAAAAAAAGAAAAAGAAUCGCUGUUUAUCAGUGAAGCACGCCAUGCGUGAGAAUUUAGAAAUGAAGAAAGUUUAGAGAGCUUCUGCAUGCGGCUCUGCUGUGCUCUGCCUCAAAAUUUUCCUGUCCUUCUGGCUCGUUUCGAGUCGGUUGACUGUAAAACAUGGCCAUUUAGUGUGGAGCCUUGCUUGCGCUCGAACUGAAUUACUGUCAAAUCAUUAACAGAGUAGCGUAGCAGUAUGGGUGCAGUUCUCUCCUGACUGGCAGUGGUACUGUACACUCUGUAGCAUUCCUCUCUCCUCUUUUUCUUUUACAGUAGAAUGGCAUUAUUUCUUUAUUUCUUUAUUAUUGAUGCUUUAUUACACUAAUACACCUAAACCUCAUGUGGUGUAACCAGCUGUAGUCUCUGACAACACAGUAAUGUAAGCUAAUAUGUCGAUGAGCAGCAUGCAGGGUUUGACCACUAAAUGGCCGAACUUGACCAGCUUUUUCUUUUUUUUUUUUUUUUUUUUUUUUUUUUUUUUUUUUUUUAAAGGUCCGUCCACCUUCUCUGGCCCCAAUUUAGCACGUGCAGCUCUCUCCUCUGACCUCAGCUCAUAAAACUCUACAACACAAUGCUAUGACACUAAUUGGAAGUUCCUCCUUCGACCGCCAAAUGGCGCAUACAAGUGCUUCUGGGGUCAAGGGUCAGGAAGCCCCCAAUUCACUCUGGGUCUGGUGUGUGUUAUGAGGUGUGUGUGUGUGUGUGUGUGCGCACAUGUGCGAGUGUAUGGUUUACACUUCUGAUCAAACCUCCCUCCCCCCCUCCUGUAUGACUUCCUGUUAGACACUAGCAUGUCAGAAUUCACUUUCUUUGUUCUUCCUUCUUUUUCCUGUUUUGGUGAAGGUCCUGGCCUUUCGUCCACCGCUUGUGUGCGCUGUGUGUUGUGUUCUCCUAAAAUGUCACAUUGGCAGAAACAGGAGAGAAUCAUGGCUGGCAACUAUUGUUAUACAGUUUUUAUAUUCUGUUAUUUUUUUACCUUUUUUUUGUUUGCAAUAUUUAUAUUUUUGUAUUAUAAGAUAUUGUGUUUAAUAAUGGUCUUAAUGCCAGUUUUAACAAUGCAGGGAUCUUUAUGUCUGUCUAAAAACACUAUUACGUUUUUUUUUGUGUUCUUUCAUUAAUGGAUAUUGAUGUGUAUAAAGUGCUUACUAAUGUUAAAUAGGAAAAAGAGUAUAUAACAUUUACAAUACAGAUUCUUCACAGCUCUUAGAGGAUUUUAAAAGGAAAAUGAUCAAUGUUUUUUUGUUGUGUUGGUUUUUUUUUUUUUGUUGUUUUUUUUUAACAGACUGCCAUUUUUUUCCUCAGCCGGUGUGGAUGUAUGUCAUUUUCAGUUACAAAGAUAAAUGUAUGCCAUAUAAUUUAUUUAUAUGAAAAUUUAUUUUUGUAGUGUACAUAGUAGUUGUCAAUCUAUUUGACAGAAGUAUAUUUUAAAGAGUUUAUAUGUAAUGCUACCAUUGUUUUUUUUGUUUUUUUUGUUUUUUUUUUUACUUUUUUUAUUAUUAUUUUGUGAGAACAUAACAGAGACAAUAAGUCAUUAAGGUGCACACUUUCACUGCUAACUUGUUCUCAGACAGCUAAAGUGCCCUUUUACAGUGUUACCAUAGAACAGAGUGAAUGAACUCUGAACAAACUGGGCUCGGGUUUUGUGAAAAGCUAGCCAUGAAAGUAGAAUAAAUAUGUACUAGCUCUCUAAAUAAUAAUGUUCAAACACUGAUAGAAUUCUAACAAAUAAAAAUAUUAUAACUUA